CAGGAGAUGCUCCUCAGUGUGUCUGUGAACUGUCUGAACUCACUCAUACGCUUCCUGAGCAGAGGCAGACCAGCUAUAGUUCAGCAUGUGGUGUGUCAGCCCUGGAAUGGUUUCUUGCUGUACUCUCUGCUGAAUUCAGGAGAAUAUCUUACACUGCACCCAGCAACACUCAGCUUAAUGACUCUGCUGGUCCGUUGGUCUGGAAACAGAGUGCAGUGGGAGUCGAACAUUGUGUGUGUGUGUGAAACUGCUGAGAAAACAGGACUGAAAGAGUUGAGUGGAAACACCAUACACACUCUUAAGUGUCUGCUGAUUGAGGGCAGUGAGUGUUCUCUGAGUGAAGAUGUGAAACUGAGAGUGGAGAGCCUGUUAGAGUCCCUCCACCAUCUGCGUCCUUCAGAGACCAGCACUGGCUCUUUACUUCGAGUGGGACGUUUAUCCAUCUGCCUUGCUGACUUCACUGUGAAUCACUAGCUUUAACACACGCACACACACACACACACACACACACACACACACAGAGGCACUCAGACUGUGUGUAAAGUAAUGAAGGAGUUUACUGGAUUUAACAGUCUUCAUUCACACUUGUUCUUUAUAUAUGUUACUGUGUUUGUUCUGUUCCUGUACAAAUUCUUCUUCAUUGUCACUUUCAUAAACAUCACACACUCCUCCACACAGACACACACACCACCUGACUGUAUUACACACACCUCAGUGGUGCAUUGUUAUUGUUCUGAUAGUGUAUUUCAUUAUUAUUAGGAGUUAUGAGUUCAGUAAAUUGUGGUGAGGUCAGGUAAUAAUUAUAACGUAAACAUGUUAUACACACACACUCACACACACACAUAAUAGCUGAAUGUUCUAAAACAUGAAUAAAAAUAAUAUAUAAGUAAUAAGUGAAAACAUGA